AUGGAUAGUUACAGUUCAUCCCCUUUACAAUCCUCACCCAACAAAAAAGAAGUUCCAAAUGAUAAUGUGGUAUUUUUCGCGGGUGGUGCCCCCUCCAUGGAGGUGGAGCUUCAUCACAGACCUUCAGAGAUACUUGUAACAAAUGCAGGAGGAGAUUAUCCUCCUACCCAUAGCUUCGAAGAUGUUUUAAAUAUAAUUUACCUUGAAUCGAAGAAAUCAUGGGCUAUCGCAGGUCCAAUUGCGUUCAAUAUUCUUUGUAAUUAUGGGAUUAAUGCCUUCACAACUAUAUUUGUUGGACAUAUUGGAGAUGUAGAGCUCUCGGCUGUUGCAAUAUCUUUGUCUGUUAUAGCCAAUUUCUCAUUCGGAUUCUUGUUUGGUAUGUCAAGUGCACUGGAAACACUAUGUGGCCAAGCGUAUGGAGCAGGACAAGUUGAAAUGCUUGGAAUUUACAUGCAAAGAUCCACGCUAAUCAUGCUAGUUGCUUGUAUUUUCAUAACACCACUUUACACAUAUUCCACACCUCUCCUAAAACUCCUUGGACAACGUGAAGAUAUAGCCGAGCUUGCCGGGAAAUUCUCAAUCCAGAUUAUUCCUCAAAUGUUCUCUCUAGCAAUAAAUUUCACAACCCAAAAAUUUUUGCAAGCCCAAAGUGAUGUUAGUGUUCUAGCUUGGGUUGGUUUUGUGGCCCUUUUAUGGCACAUUAUCAUAUUGUAUAUGUUUAUCCAAGUGUUCGAUUGGGGUACUACCGGAGCUGCUGUAGCGUAUGAUAUUUCAGGAUGGGGGAUAUCAACGGCUCAGGUCAUAUACAUUAUUUUUUGGUGUAAGGAUUCAUGGGCGGGUUUCUCAUGGUUAGCAUUUAAGGAGCUUUGGGAAUUUUCUAAGCUUUCGGUGGCUUCAGCUAUAAUGCUUUGUUUAGAGAUGUGGUAUUUUAUGACUAUCAUCGUUCUUACUGGACAUCUUGAAAAUCCAAUUAUAGCAGUAGGAUCUCUUUCCAUAUGCAUGAAUGUGAAUGGUUGGGAAGGCAUGUUAUUCGUUGGAAUUAAUGCAGCAAUAAGUGUUAGAGUGGCUAAUGAGCUAGGAUCAGGGCAUCCAAGAGCUGCAAAAUACUCGGUGAUAGUAAUAGUUACACAAUCUCUAAUGAUUGGGAUAGUAUUCAUGUUUCUCAUUAUGGCAACUAGAAACCAGUUUGCUGUACUUUUUACCAGCAGUAGAGAAUUGCAAAAUGCUGUCGCUAAAUUGGCUUAUCUUCUUGCUAUAACGAUGGUACUCAAUAGUGUUCAACCUGUCAUAUCAGGUGUUGCUGUGGGAGGAGGAUGGCAAGGACUUGUAGCUUAUAUUAACUUGGGUUGUUAUUACAUUUUUGGCCUUCCUCUUGGUUUCUUACUAGGUUAUAAAGCAAACUUGGGAGUUCAGGGGAUAUGGAUUGGCAUGAUCUCUGGGACUUUCCUUCAAACUAUAGUACUCUUGGUAAUAAUAUGGAAAACUAACUGGGACACUGAGGUAGCAGAGGCAUCAGAACGGGUGCGGAAAUGGGGUGAGCAGGACUUAAAUAAGAGACUUAUUAGAGAUAAGGUGUUGCUCGGAGGUGUUGAUCCGAAGAGG